AUGGACUGGAAUAACUACACUGGACAUACCGAUAGCCACAACUCCCCCGACGCGACGGAUGCAGAGUUUCGCUGUGAUCUCUGUAACAAGGCCUACGGACGCCGGGAUCUCCGGGACCGACAUCGACGUCGCUGUGCCAAAACAUUUGGCCAGAAACGCGCAUCAAAGCGCAAGUCUUGUGAAACAUGCGUCCAAAAGAAGUUGCGCUGUUCAUUGACCCGCCCAGCCUGUAGUCGAUGUAUUCAGAUGGGCACAACCUGUCACUAUCCCAACACGUCUUUGACAUCUCCAACAUGGGGAGAUCAAGACACGGGCCGGGAGCAUAUGUCGCCCAUGGAAGUAACUCUGGAACCGACAUCCAUGGGUUUGACCUCUGUUUUCCCUGUCUCAGCCAUGACCUUGCCCGGGGACGGCAUCACCUGGAGCCCACCACUGCAUAAUGUCGGUUUUAUCCAUGAUGAAACUGGCUUUCCUAGCCAGGCUACAUGGCCUGAUCCAUCAUCAGACUUUGUGGAUUAUCUGCACGACCAGACGUCCUCCUUUCUUGCGCCGGAGGAAAAGUCCAAGGAACCGCACUCAUUAGAUAACAAUUCUCUAUUACUUUCGCGGGAUUCGCUAGACCUCUCCUUACCACCCCUAUCCUUGUCGGCGAGCAGUAGUCACCAGGAGCCGUCCGCGGGACGUGACGACUUAGAGACCUCCGACUCUGGUGUCUCCGGGGAUGUUACAAGUGUUUUUGCUAGCUCCUUUGUCCCGGAUUUGUCCGAUACAACACUGCGAGACACAGCCAGUCUAUCUCAGGAGCUUUUCGGGAUCCUGCGCGACUAUUCACGAAUGAUGAUACAGCCUAACUUCUGGUCCCCCUUCAUCCACCACAGUCUCUAUCGGUGCUCUAAGAACGGCAUGGCUGAGCCCCUCGGCAUUGCCGUUGCCUGUGUAUCGGCAUAUUUGAGCUCUGUCGAGUCCAGCGUUGACUUCGUUGACAACAUGAUCAACUCGCAACGUGAGCGGCUAGUCCGCGAGUUUCAUCUUUACAGCGACCGCCCGGAAACCUGCCUCGCCGCCCUGCAUGCUGUUUGCGUAUAUCAGAUCUUGGGACUCUUUGGGGGCCCGUCUGUAGAAUCCCCCAGAUCGGGUUAUAGCACGCCCUUCAAAGAUAGGAAUGAGCGACGUCGCGAAGACUCGGGCAACGCUGCAGAACUCCACGGUUACUUUUUCCUGAAGGCGAGUACUCUACCGUUCCUCCCUAUGACCCGGCGCCUCUGUAAACUGCACCAAAAGGCCCUCGAGCGAAACGAAGCAGGCUGGUCCGAGUGGAAAUUUGCUGAAUCCCUCCGUCGCAACGUCUUCUUCGUCCACGUCGUUAAUAUACUCGCCGCCGAAGCCCGGAAGCUGCACCAUGACUACUUUGAGCCGUUGAAUGAUGCCAUGAUUUUACAGAUGCCCCUUCCAGCCCCGGAGUACAUGUGGCGCGUCUGCAGCGAUGCAGAAUGGCAAGUCGCCCGCGAACACGCUCGCCCGACAUCACCUGCCCCGUCUACCCUCCAGGACUUACUCGACCUGGACCGUGCGGGAAAGUUGGACGUCGCGAUACUGCAACCUUUAACAAGGAUGAUUCUGGCGUGUCAUAAGAUUCGGGCUAAGUAUGACGGGGAUGAAUAA